CGGACUUUUGAAAGCUCGGUUACUUGCAAUAUAUUUAUCGAUAAGGUGCAUUAAAUAGCCCUUUCUAUUAUAUUCAAUUCUGAAAUCAUGUAGCUAUUAGACCUUGAGUUACAACUGACAGUUUCGACCCAUACCAAUUUUUUUAAUCUAAAAGUUACUUGUUAAUUGAAUCGAAAAAAACCUGCUUAGCUCAUUUAAGAGGUCAUCAACUGUCAUUGUUCAUUGGUCAUUUCCAUUCUUGCAACUUAUUGUGCUAAACCGCACACUAUAUAGUUAUAACAAGUUAUAAACUUUUUAUAAUAGUUUUAAGCUAUAACUGGCGACCAGUAGGCUGCAACCAUGAAUUGAUAUGAUGAAUUUCAUCGUAAAAACGCAUCAAUAAGGUUUAAUAAAAUCAGAGAAUCCUUCCUUGCGCCUUUUCAUUACUUUUGCUAUUAACCAGGGGGUGAAAUCCAGUUACAAAUCAGAUAAAUUACAAAUCAGUUAUAAAUUAUAACUCGGAUUGAUUACAAGAAUGGGUCGUGAAAAAGCGGCCUUGUCUGUGGUGAUUCUUCUGAUCCAACUGUGUGUCAUCAGUUUCACAGUGGUGAGUGUGACUAGUCCCAACUGGGGCUACCAGUCCAGUGAGUCCCCCCUCAACAGAGAAGAUAUAAGAGAGGUGGAGAUAGGACUCUUCAGAUUCUGCGACUCGUUGCGUGACCGUGACAUUCGGAGGGAUGAUGCGACCAAGUGUGUGCGAUGCUUCAACACGGCUCUGGCUAAGACAUACGACACUUACUUCACACUCGGAAUAUCACAGUCGUUUCUCCCUAGAUCAACUCAGACGUCUUCCAAUUCCCUGGCACGAAAGGGCGCGCUUCUACAGACACUGGCUAUUGUGCUUUUGGUGGCUGAGACAGCGUUUUUCUUCCUGUUUCUCUUUUACAGUCAGUUUGCAUUGCUCUUGAAAAUCUACCGACGACUGCAAAAUUAUCUACUAUUGGCAUCUCUAGUCUCCAACAUCUGCGAACUCGCAUGCUUAGCCGCCCUUUUAACUCUCUUCCGCGACAACUACAAAAACAUCCAGAUGGGUCUGGGACAAUCUCUGGCAUUCGCCACAGUCGCACUUGCAAUUCUGAGAGUGUUCCUCAUAUUCAAGAUAGUACAUGUUAUUGUCAGAGACUACAAUCGGAGUUUGAGACGAGGUGGCAAUGAAAACUACAGGAUUCAGAUGAAGAGAACUACUGUUACUAAGAGUACUAAUAAAAGUGCUACCAGCAAAAGUUGAAUAAGAAAGAGCUCAGAAAACGUCAUCAAAUAUUAUUUGAUUUAUAUUUCGACCUCAGUUUAAAAUAACCUAUUUGAAGGCAAUUGAUCAUUUUCGAUUUUCAGUUUUCAAUUUUAAUAAUCAUUUGAUGUUUUGUUUUUUAUAUUUGACUUCUCAUCAUAAAAACUUUGCAGUUUGAAUUUAGCUAUUAAGUUUGUUACCAUUAUCAACAAUUGAAAAUUAUUCCUUUUUUAAAAUAAUUUAAUGUAAUUCUUAUUUGAAUCAA